CUCGGCCGAUCGACGUGUUUUAGCGUUUGGCAUGCCGCUUCGUCAGGACGCUCUCUCUCUGUCUUGCAUGUGUGUGUGUUCGCUAUACACAACUCCAGAAAAAAACCAUGACUGUGCCAGACUGUUUCGUCGACUCAUCAGGAGGUUGAACGUGUGCGUGUGGUAUGUGUGGGUGUGUCUCUCUCUCUCCUUCCCUUGUCUCUUCGCACUUUCCGUCGUGUUACUCUCGUACGGUGAUUUAAUGGUAGAUGCUUUCUGGUAUCCGAUUCCUGGCCUUGUGUGCUAGAUCGCAUUGCCGCUGAACCUGUGUCUAGUUAGAGGACUGCCGCUGAACCUGUGUCUCGUUAGAGGACGGCAGGUUGUACAACAACUGAGAGGUGUGGUUAAUUCCGUCACAUUGCGUCACAUCCCGUAUCGCCGGUUUGGGCGGUUGAAGCGACCUUCUGUUCCCAAUCAUACGGUGGAGAGUGAAACUCUGGCCUGAGAAGGAGUGCUGCCUGACGGGCUAAGCACUGCUGUCGGCUUGUGCCGGUGAUUUGCGUUUCCAACUGCGCAAAGAAACGAAGUGGUAUUGUCUUGGGGACACCCCCGACACGUGGGCAAUGGGGGCUUGGGAAUGGCCACAUGUUCGGUAUUCUGGGGACCCCUGACCUGCGAGGGAAGUCUGCUCUAACUGAUUGGCAACUGACAAGGAUUGACAGGCUGGUCUGGGGAGGAGAGAUAGACGUCGUCGACGACAUGUUGACAGUGCGCCACGUGUAAUGGUCGGUAAGUGAACCUGAUCAGACGUCCGAGAAGUAAACGCCUUUUGCGCGUCGCAUACGCAGUCCACGGUCGAUGGGGACGCCGAUCCGACGUCGAUUGUGGAAGGUACACGGGAUGAUCGUCGGGUUGACCAUUCCAACGUAAUCGUCAUAGCGAGCGAGCGAGAGAGAGAGAGAGAGAGAGAGAGAGAGAGAGAGAGAGAGAGAGAGAGAGAGAGAGAGAGAGAGAGAGNAGAGAGAGAGAGAGAGAGAGAGAGAGAGAGAGAGAGAGAGAGAGAGAGAGAGAGAGAGAGAGAGGGAGAGAGAGAGAGAGAGAGAGAGAGAGAAGGGAAUGAAGUGAGAAAACGUGAUUGACGAGCUUGAUGGGGAGGGAUGGGGCCUUGCAGCCGCGGCCGGUGUUACGAGCGAUCGGGUUGGGUCCAUUACCAUCUGCUUCGGCAUCGAGGUCAGCGAUUUCUCCUACAGGAGAGGAGGGAGCGGAGAGCGUCAUCUCUCGAAUAGGUCACCCUCCUAUUAGGCCAGUGCUGAAAGCAGGUCUACUACGAUCCGUUUCUACCGGGCUGGAGAAGCAUGUAGCGGCCGUCACGUGGACAGGCGUAGGGUUUGUCGGGUGGGUGCGCAAUGCCACUGCAGGGUUGGCGCGGGGGAUCUCGACACAAUGCAGAACGAUCGCGGCUUCUACGCGGAUUGUCCGAGGAGGGGCGAUCGUGGAAAAGUGCGCCUGGUCGCCACGUGGCGGGCACAUCGGGGUUGCCGUGGUUUCUACCAGCAGCAGAGCAUGUGGGGCCGGGGUAAGGACGGUGGAGGUCCUCGCGCUCCCAUCUAAUGUCACCCUUGAACUCGUCGAUAAUGGACGUUCAUCCGGAGAACCACUCGCAAAGAGAUCCAGCCUUGACGCCAUGACUCCCGCCUCUUCAGCUUCUCCGGCUUCUUCUUCCUUCGUCCCUUCUUUUUCUUCUGCAAUUCUUUCCCCGACUGCGCCGCCGAUCAAUCGUCUGGCUGCGACGGCUUCGCCGUCCGUCUUAGGCGGCGCUUUCGUUGAGAUCUCCGUCGGCGUUCGCGGGGAGGGCGCGGGUUCGAUUCCUUCGGAUGUCGAUAGGGCGGGGGCGGGGAGACGAAGAGGGUGGUUGCUGGCGGGUAGCCGGCGAGAAGACGGUGGCAGUGGCAGUGGAACGGGGAGUGGUUGGGGUCGCGGAUGGAAGGAGGAAGUCGCGGUGGACAGAAAGGACACGUGUGAAAGUGUGAACGACAAAGAUGGAGGCGCAAAUGGCGGCCAAGGCGGAGGAGACGAGGGUCGUCUGCGACAGAGAGUUGGCGCCACGAUCCGAUCGAAAUUCAGCGGGAACGCCCUAGCCGGAGCGCUUGCUGGUGGUCUCGUCAGCUGUUGCCUGCAUCCCAUUGACACGGUCAAAACUGUGGUGCAGUCGGAGAGAGGCGCCGCCAGCUCGUCACUUUUCCCAGUAGAAGGUUUAGAAGAAGAGGGUGAUGAAGAAGAAGAAGAAGAAGAAGAAGAAGAAGAACCGAGAGGGGCAGAGGAGGUGGAGAUGGAGAGGUGGGACGGAGGAAGAUCCUCCUGCCUGGAUCCAGUGCCCGGGCACCAACCUGCAGAUGCAAGGUGCCCUGUUGGAGCUGCUGAAGACUUGCCCUCGCCGUUGGAGCUAUGGCGCUCACAGUUUGUCAGAAGCCUUAAGGCCUCUAGUGACAUCUACAAAUCGAUGGCGGAGGGCUUUGGCGAAUUCACUCAAUGUGUAAUGGCGGAGUAAGCGACCAUAUCGUUACCACAUUUGGCG